AUGAUCAAAGACCUACAACGCCUUAAUGGGAGGCUCGUCGCUAUGUCCCGUUUCCUUGCCCGAUCAAGUGAUCGCCGCCUCCCCUUCUUCAGAGCAUUGAAGAACCAGAAAAAUUUUCAAUGGACCGCAAAAUGCGAGGAAGCCCUUAAGCAAAUGAAGCAACACUUGGCCAACCUCCCCCGACUUGCCUCGGUCUCUCUUGGGGAGAAGCUAGGCCUCUACUUGGCUGCCUCCCAGCAAACGGUCAGUUCCGUCCUGGUCAAGGAAAAUUCCGGCGAACAACUUCUGGUCUACUAUGUCAGCCAUGUCUUGAACGGGCCUGAGGAACGAUACCCACCGAUCGAGAAGCUGGCACUUGCACUCGUGCUGUCAACCCGGAAGCUACACCCCUACUUCCAGGCUCACCCGGUGGAGGUCAUUACUGACCAGCCGCUUCGACAGAUCUUGUCUAAAUUUGAUGUUACAGGACAUCUUCUCAAAUGGGCAGUGGAGCUCGACGAGCAUGACAUACAAUACGUGCCCAGGACCGCUAUCAAAGCCCAGUCCGUGGCCGACUUCAUCGCAGAAUUAACCCAGAUCGGGGAUGAGGGCCCCGAACAACCUCACGAAGCCUGUGUCCUACACGUCGACGGAUCGGCCAACUCAAAAGGCGCCGGCGUGGGGCUGGUGUUGCAAGCUCCCGACGGGCGGUCGUUCGAACGUUCCCUUCGCUUCGGGUUCCAAGCCACUAACAACAAGGCGGAAUACGAGGCAUUCCUAGCAGGACUCAGGUUGGCCCUCAAGAUGCAGGUGGUCACCAUCCGCGUCCUCACCGACUCGCAGUUGGUAGCCGAGCAACUCAGCGGGGGAUAUGAGGCUCGGGACUCGAUCAUGGCCAAGUACCUAGCACAGGUAAAGAACCUAACUGCCAAAUUCCCUCAUUUUACAUUGUCUAGUAUCCCGAGGGGAGAAAACAAGCGAGCCGACAUGCUAGCUAAGCUGGCAUCAAAGCCAGCCCCCGAAGCCGGGCCCGAAGUCGAGGAGCUUCCCGCCCGUGCCAUCGAAGUCGCGACGGCAACCUCGGGCGGCGCGCCUACCACCUGGGUACAAGAAUUGCUGCGCUUCAAACGGGACGGGACUCUUUCGCCCGACGAAGCAACGGCUCGGCGCUUGCGUCGCACACAUGCGUGGUAUACCGAGGUGGGUGGACGGCUCUACAAGCGGUCCUUCACAUACCCCCUCCUACGGUGCUUGGAGCCCAACGAAGCUCAGACGGUUCUGGCUGAGGUCCACGAGGGAGUCUGCGGGGAACACAUCGGCGGGCGAACCCUGGCACACAAAAUACUUCGCCGAGGCUACUACUGA